AUGCAACCAAAAGCGGUCGUUAUUGCCGGGCUUAUCCAGCUGUUAGGAGUUUGCUUUUUCUUCAGCCCGCCAAAGGAUCAGUGCUCGCCGGCGCCCACUCUUGCCAGCUUGAUUUUUCUGUUGGCCAUUCUUGGCUUUCUUUGGGACACUUGCAUCUUUCCGAUUCGCUACAUGCACAUGCACGGCUACUGGCAGUUGCCUAUCGAGACAGUGACGGCGAUUUUUUUAGCCGAAUUGGGUUCCAUCAUUAUUUGGUGUCCAGUGGAACGCGUUCUCUAUGGUUUCACCGAAGCGUUGCUCAACAUGGUGGGGAUCGAUGGAUGUGAACACUCGCGACUGCAGUACUGGCUGCUGGGUCUCAUCUCCACGGCGGUGAGUGGAGCUCUACUCUGGUUCAUUCUCACGGCCACCGACAGCAUGUACUAUGUGGAGCGGUUCACCCGUCGUUUCAGGCGAAACGUGCGGCAGGGCUGGUCAAUGAUGAGCUGCUACCUUCGCAUGAGCAAGUCGGCCCGGUGUCGGGCCCUCAAAGUCUGUCAAUUGGCCACUCGGAAUCGUUGUUCAAGACAGUCCCGCUGUCCAGCGGCAGAGGAGGACAACAACAACGACUGCGACGAUGACGAUGACUGUAACUGAGUUUUGUUUGCAGAAUUUACGUUCCCGUUUUGGCCAGUCCGUGACUGGUGUUUUCUUUAUGGACUUGCAUUGGAAAUGCUUCUACUUCUUUUUUCGCCAUUCCUUUUACACGACUGUAACAAUAAAUUUUGGGCCGA